UAAAUAAUCCCACCCCUGCGGCCUCCCCAGUCAUUGUUCGUGACCGAGGUCUGUGUUCACUGUUAUUACGUGGUGCCGAUUGUUAAAUGAGCGAACUCGUCGGUCAAUUGGUCACUGUAUAUAAACGUCUUCGCACUUUGGUAUUAGAAUUGUUUUUGCCCUUCACCUGAGCAGGCAAGUCAUGGAAGCCUCCGACUGGCACUGGGUAAAUUCUAGCAUUAGCGCCGAUGCGCCGUGUCUCGCUAAUUCAUCGUGUCGGGUACUGUUGCCCAAAGAAGCAUGCUCAUCCGAACUGCAAUACGUACAGCUCUAUCUGAUAUUCAGGAGACUGACGUAUGUCCUCUACCCGUCUCUGAUAUCCUGGCUGCUUGUAUUACUAUGCUGCAAAUUAUGGAAAUACUACAUCUGUUCAAAACAGGACCCCACCUCAAACUACCCCUUACCCCCGGGGGAAGUCGGUCUUCCAUUCGUUGGUGAAACAUUAUCGUUCCUGUUUUUGGGAAGACUAUUCUUUGAUAAAAGGAGAGAAAGAUAUGGUAACGUUUUCAAGACGCACAUUCUUGGAAAACCCACAGUUCGAAUCAUUGGGGCUACAAAUGCUCGAAAGAUACUCUUAAACGAAAACUCCCUUGUUGAAUCGCAAUGGCCAAGAAGCAUACAGAUGUUGCUGGGAGAAGGCAGUUUAACACUUGCAGCAGGCAAAGUUCAUACAAUUCGCAAAAGAGCGAUUCUGAGAGCAUUCACAUACGAUGCGUUAAGCGGUUAUGCAGUUAUGACACAAACUACAAUCCAAAAGUAUAUCAACAAAUGGUGCUGCGAGAGAGACAUUUUGGGAUAUAAUGAGUUUAGGAGUUUAGCUUUCGAACUGUCGUGCCGGGUCUUGCUUGGGUUUGAAAUGAACAAGGAAGAACAUGGCCGACUUUUGAGUGCGUUCGAAACCUUCAUGUCCAGUCUUUUCAGCAUCCCAAUACGGAUACCUGGGCUAGGCUUGGAUAAGGGAAUGAAAGCAAGGGAAACUAUGCUUCAGAAAAUCGAAGCGAUUAUAUUACAGAAACAAAAUGAUUGGUCCAGCACGGGAUCUACAGAUGCGUUAAGUCUGAUGAUGGGUAUCGAAGGAAAAGAGAAACUAGAAAUUGAAGAAGCUAAGAACGUGGCGUUGGAGUUGUUGUUUGCUGGCCACGAGACUACAUCAAGCGCCGCUAGUACAUUGAUUCUCAAUAUAGCCAGGAAUCCAGAGGUUCUUUUUAAGAUUACAGAGGAGCUUUCUUUGAAUGGCUUGUUGGACAGCAGAAAUUCUUCACUGGACCUUGGACGAAUCAACAAAUUGAAAUACGUGCGGAACGUGGUCAAGGAAGCACUGCGAAUUUCUCCACCAAUCGGAGGAGGCUACAGAAAGGCCCUUCAAACAUUUGAGAUAGAGGGUUAUCAAAUACCAAAAGGCUGGAGCAUUGUGUACAGCAUACGUGAUUCUCACGAGACUUGCUCCAUUAUAGAAAAGCCGGAAGAAUUCAACCCAGACAGGUGGUCAUGUCUUCAAGUUGAUGAUCGUGAACAUUACUUUCCUUUUGGAGGUGGUAAGAAAGGAUGUGCUGGAAAAGAAUUUGCCAUGCUUAUGUUGAAAGUAUUUGUCAUAGAAAUUUGUCGUAGUUCCUGUUGGCACAUUAAGAACCCGAAUCCAAAAAUAAAAUACUUGCCGGUUCCGCAUCCCUCAGACAACUUGCCUAUGGUAUUCCACAGGAUGGAACAAAACCGCCUCAGAUCUUCUACUGUAUAGGAACUACCUAAAGAUUUCUUGGAAAUUCUACGGUGGCACGAUAUGACUAGGAGUGCUUAUAUAACGGACAACAUCAAACUCAAGACAAUGACGUCUGCAGUUCAGUUGUACUCCAUGCUCUAAGUACGAUAUCAGAACAUUGUUUCAGGGGUUUUCAAUACUCAUUUUUUUGUGUUUUUGCACAUGAAAUCCAGAAUUUUAUCUCACAGUCUACCUCAACUUUAUAGAAUAGUAUAUAUUAGUUAACUUAUAAGUUUUGUGGGUCCGUAACCAGAAUUUACCUCAUGCAGUGCGAGUUUCUGGAUAUUUGGAAUUGGGUUUAGAAAACAGAUGAGGGGUUUUCAAAAUGCUCCAGAUGGCACACUGAUUACUAAAAUAACGGGUUUUUCAGUACAUUUUUUGGUUUGGAUAGUGUUUUACAUUGUUUUGUAAUACAACACCCCCCCCCCCUCCACACACACACACACCCUGGUUACGGAUCCGUCUUGGUAUUGUGUUAUGUA